CCCUGAUCCCAAUCCCAGCCGGUUAUCCCGGUCCUUGAUCCCGAUCCCGUUCCCUUAUCGUGAUCCCAGCCCUUUAUCCCGGUCCUUGAUCCCUAUCCCAGCCCUUGAUCCCGGUCCCUGAUCCCAAUCCCGGUCCCCUCCAUCCCUAUCCCGCUCCCGUCUCCCUCCAUCCCGCUCCUGUUCCCAGUUCCGGUCCCCACUUCCCGUUUCCGAUCCCGCUCCGUCCGGAUGCGAUGGGGCCGGAGCUGCUGCUGGGGCCGCUGGGGGACACCGGCUCCCCCCGCCCCCUCCUGAGCUGUGUGUCCGGAGGUGUCUUCGUGGGCUCAGCGCUGCUGGAGCUGCUCCCGAGCGCCCUCUGCGGCCUCGGGAACGCGCUGCAGGGGAUGGGGCUCAGCCCGCAGUUCCCUCUCUCCGCCUUCAUCCUGGCCCUCGGCUUCCUCCUGCUGCCGCUGCUGGAGCCAAUCGCGUUGGAGCCCGAGGCCACGCCCCUUCAUCGUAGCCCCGCCCCCUGUAACCCCUCCCUGUAUGAGGCCCCGCCCCUCCACCUUAGCUCCGCCCCCUUCAGCCCCACCCGAGCCGAGGCCCCGCCCCUCCCCCGUAGCCCCGCCCCCUUGAGCCCCGCCCACGCCGCGGCUCUGCUGCUGGCGCUGGGGCUGCGCGAGGCGGGGGCGGGGCCUGGGCUCGGGGCCGCGCGGCUCGUGCACAGCGGGGCCGUGGCCGCCGCGCUCGCUCUGCGCAUGCUCAGAGCCGGGCUCCGCCCCCCGGCCGUGGCCGCCGCCCUGCUCGUGCUGCCGGCCGGGGCCGCGCUCGGGGGCGGGGUCGCGCUCGGGGGCGUGGCUGAGCUCGGGGGCGUGGCCUCGGGCGCGCGCCUGGCGCUGGCGCGGGCCGUGCUGCGCGCUCUCGCCGCCGGCGCCUUCCUCUACGUCACGGCGCGGGAGGUGCCCCCCCCGGAGCUGCGGGAGCCGCGGCUGCGCAUGCGCGGAGCGCUCCUGCUCCUGGCUGGGUUUGCGCUGGUGUGCGGAGCCCUCCUGGGGAGGGACCUCUGACCUCUGACCUCUGACCUGUUCCCCGUUCCCAUUCCCCAUUCCCUAUAUCAGGAAUGGGCACCAGUUCCCCCCCUCACCCAAGUGCCAA